GCUUUAUGCAGUAAAUUGCAGAAUACAGCCUGUGUAGGAUGUAGGCUACAGCCGGAUAGCUACUGCUGUAAAACUGAAUUCACUCUAAGAUUUCAGGAUUAUGUCAGUUAACCUAACCUUAAAGAAUGUCUUUCUUGGAUCAGAUGAAGCUGCCGGGCCUCAUUAAUCUUUGUCUCAUAUUGAUCCUGGCAUCCCUCUCAAAAGGUCAAAAGUGGAGCAUUGAUGUCCCCAGGCAAAUUAAUGCAACAGAGGGCUCCAACGUGACCAUACCAUGUACUUUUACCCAUCCGUACAAAUCCAACAGACAAAAUGUUCAAGUUUACUGGAAAACGCUUUCUGAGAGAUUUCAAUCUCAAACCACUGACCUGGACAAAUAUGCAUUCAUUUUUCACACAAAUGAAACAUUUGUGAUUGAGAAGUAUAGAGGAAAGACCAUGCUCAUUGGGGAUAAAGACAAAGGAAACUGCUCCCUCAAGAUCAAAGACAUCAAAUUUAAUGACCCAAGCGUCUAUGUGAGAAUUGUCACAAAUGAUGAAAAAUACAGUUUCAAGAAGAUUCUUACCUCCAUUAAUGUGGAUGGGGGUGUGCCGGUCAAUUCUUUACCUAUAACAGAUAUCACAUUUAACACCCUCGAAGUAACCACAAUUGAGAUGACCAAGAUGACCUCAACACCAUCAACACAAAUGUAUACGACCAUUUUUGUACCAGUUGCUGCACUUCUGAUCAUUAUUUUUGUUGGUGGAAUUAUCUUUUGCAUAAAACACAAAAGGUCAAAAUCUUUUACCAGGGAGGACUCUGGAUAUUAUGCAAAUUUUAGAAGAACAUCAUCAAACCAAGCCAAAAGAGAAGGAUCGUACAAAAAAGAGGAUAAGAAACUUCCUGAACCACAGGCCAUUGAUGAACCUGUCUACAUCAACAUGGAGGGUGGCCAGAUCCCAACAAACCAAAUGUGGGACAACAACUUUGUGUGGGACAAUGUGGGACAUGUAAUCUGCGCUGAGAGGCCCCUCCAGAUCAGAUGGAUCAAAGUAUGGAUCACACAGAAGGUGUAUAUGCAAAUGUGGAUUAUUUAAAAUAAUAGAAAAGCUACAAGGCCAAUCUAUUUGGACUUAAGCUUCAUCUUAAAUUGUAUUUCUGUAUUCUGCAUUGUUUUGUGCACAUGUUCAUGUCUACCAAAUGUGUAAACGUGUCAUGGUGGGUGAAAAAUUCAGUGUGCAAAGUCAGUAUUGCUGUGUCGUUUUAAGUUGUUUGGCGGCUUCUUCAGCCUGGGUGUCUUUCUGCUAUGAAGGAAGGAUGGGGGCCUUGAACACGUCUGUGUCCAGGGGCCCAUUUUCUCAUAAUCUGUGUAUGGUUGUAAGCUAUUUAGAGUUAAAAAUAGAUUGUAUUUGUUGAUGUUAUUUAAAGUUGUUUAUAAGGUCUUCGUUUAUUACACCAAGGAAGCACUUUAAGUAUUAAUAAUGUACAGUUUAUUAUUGACAAGGAUUGAAGUCUCCUUCACAUUUUCCCUAAUUUUACAAAUGGGCCCCAGUGUGGGUAAAGAAUGUGUGUUUUCCUCCCCAUUUGGGGAGUCAUGCUAGGAACGGAUGUUUUUAAAGCCAAUAUGGAGAGGAAGAAUGAUUACAACAACCAAUAACUCUUCCAAUGUACAAAGGGCCAUGUAAGAUUUGAAAAAUUAUAAACCUACCCUUUAAAGCUACUGUAGAAAUUACAUUCAUAUUGGACGAUUUCACCCCUCAAAAUUUACAUGAUAGGGAUGAUAGUAAACCUGUUACGUAUAUCACAUCUUUAAGACUAUUGCCAUACCUAGGAUGAUUGCUUUUUAUGGUUGUUUUUAUUGUUUACAUGUUGCAGUACAAUAAGCAAUGAGGCUCAAAUCUGCUAGUGUUAAUAUUACCACUAAGUGACAUAGGAAAUGUUGGACAAUGACUUAAGAAUUUCGCACAUCAGUUUCUGAUGUUCUUAGCAUCUCAUGACUGGAGUUCUGUUUUCUGGUAAAUGCAUUCAUGCUAUCUUCUAAAAAGAUGGGAGGUAGGGGUCUGUAUAUCUACACUGGACACAUUUUGGGUUUAGUGAAAUAAAUAGUUAAAAAAAAGUGUUUUUUCCAGUCUUUCUCAAUAUGUAUGCCAAUUCACUUCCUGUGUAAUUUGUGCUAGAGCUGAAACUUCUGUUUUCUCUUCUUAUGCAGUGACAAUUUAGGGACUGUACCAAAAUAAAGGGUUAAAAAUGAAUGUCAUUGUUUGCCUUCAGUGAUCUAUACUCCUCUUCCACUGCACUACAUCUGUGUGUAUAAAAAUGACCUAAACAUAUAUUACCCAACUGUCUAAAUGCCUGUGCUAAAUAAAGUGGAAGUUAGUAAAGA